UUUGAUAACAUACUAUCGAACAGGCGGAAAUCGCACACAUAAGUCGACGCCAGUUGCAAGGUACCCUUCGUCAUCGCUGGUCAUCGUAACCUCAAGUCGAAUCGAGCAGCUGAUUCUCAGCUCAGCAAACUCAGCGAGAACGCCAUGGCCGAGGACGGAAACAUGCGAGCUCGCCUGAAAUACGACCAAGUCGACGCCGAAGGGAACCUCAGCCAAUCGGACAGUGAUUGUGAAGACGUCCAUCCCGUUGAAAGCGGAAGUAUCGACGAGAGACCGAUGCCGAAAGGAUUCACAAACCUGGACCCACCGAAUGAUACUAUCGGCGAUGUCUACCCGAUGAACGGAGCGAAACGCGGGAAAGUGGUGAUCUUCAAUCAGGUCAAUUUCAAAGCUGGCGAGGAUUUGAAACGAAAGGGAUCGGACAAAGACGUGGAGCGAUUACACAAAGUGUUGCCAAAACUAGGAUUUAUAGAGGAUGAUAUUAAAGAUUACAAGGACUCCACGUAUACUAAGAUGCAGAGUGUUGCAGACGAGCUGAAACAUGACGAAGAUCUGAAGCAAGCGGAUUGUUUGAUGGUGUUCAUACUGACGCACGGUGAGCAGGGAGACAUGUUGAUGGCUCAAGACUGUACGUACAAUUUGUAUGAAUUCUUGGAGAACUUCACCCCGAAGUCGCUGAAAUCGAUGGCUGGAAAGCCGAAGUUGUUCAUAAUCCAAGCAUGCCGCGGUACAAAGCAGGAUCGCGGAAUACAGCUGAAAUUUAAACCGAUCCAAGCCGACUGCGUUAAUAAUGAUGUCAACUCGCAGUCGACAAAUUAUGUUUAUCGCGAGCUUCCCGAUCUGCUGCUAGUGAUGAGCUCCCAUUACGGCCACUACUCUUUUCGGUGUACUACAACCGGGAGCUGGUUGAUUCAAGAAUUUUGCAACGUACUCGAGAGCUAUGAAUCACUGGAAACAACUUCCAUCUACGAUGUUCUGACGGAAACGAUCAGUGCUGUGUCGAGGAAAACCAGCAAUGCCAGAAAGAAAUUUAACAAGAAGAAACAAAUUCCCAGUUUCUACUCGACGUUAACCAAGAUGUUGUAUUUUGAUACUCCGAAAAUUGAUAACGAAGGGGCUGUCCAAAUGCAAUCGCACAAGUUCAAUGCUACGCAGUCGAUAUUAGUCGUCGUAGGGAACACAUUGUCGGCCACUGAUCGUCACAAUCUGAAAUUGAACCGUACCGUUGAUAGUUGGUCGAACUCAACGAACACCAUGGCCGAGGACGGAAAUAUUGAUCGCCUGGACGCUACAGGAAACCCUGACCAGUUCUCCGACAGUGUCUGUACAGAUUCUAAUCCCGCCGAAAGCCGUAGUUCCGCUGGAACCUUGAAGCCGAAAACAUCGAUAGACACAGCGAACGGUCCGAAUGCUAAGGCCUACUCAAUGGACGGUCCAAAACGCGGGAAAGUGCUGAUUUUCAAUCAGGUCACUUUUAAAGAUCCCAUUUAUGACGAACGAGAAGGAACGGAAAAAGACGUGGAACGAUUGUACGAGGUUUUGCCACGACUAGGAUUUUUGAAGGAAGAUAUUGUGUUGUACAAAGAUUACAGUAAGGGUAAAAUCAAGAAAGCUAUCCGGAAGUUGAAUAGUGACGAAGAUCUGAAGCAAGCGGAUUGUUUGAUGGUGGUCAUACUGACGUACAAUGAAGACGAAGACAAGUUGAUGGCUCAAAACGGUUCGUACAAUAUGUACAGGUUCGUGAAAAAAUUCACUUCAACAUCGCUAAAAUCGAUGGCUGGAAAGCCGAAAUUGUUCAUGAUCCAAGCGUGCAGCAACAAAAAGCUACGUACCGGAGUACAGCCGAGAACAGACAGCGCUAGGGAUGUCGUUGACUUACUGGCGGAGAAUUUCACGUAUCCAAUUUUUGCCGAUCUGUUGCUAGCGAUGAGUUCUAUUCAAGGUCAAUACUCUGUCCGCGAUGACACCGGAAGCUGGUUCAUUCAAGAGUUUUGCAACGUCAUCGAGAGCUGCAAAACGCUCGAGACGACUUCCAUCUAUGAGAUUUUAACGCGAACCAACAUGGCCGUUUCGAAGCGGGUCAACAAAGCCGAUGAGGAUGAGUCUCCGAAGAAACAAAUUCCCUGCUUCUACUCGACGCUGUCCAAGAAGCUGUAUUUUGGCUCGGCAAAAUAAUUUAUGCUUGAACUCCGCUAAGUGAAUCUAUUAUUUUAUUAAGUUAGAUGAGUGUUUUUGAAUAUAUAUUCUGUCACUGAAGUACGAGCUGAACGAACAAGUAAUGCAGACAAUAAAACAAAUGUUUUUUUAUGAUGAAGAUCAUACAAGCAUAGAUAAA